GUUCUUUUGAUAGAGAAGGUUAAAAACGUCGAGGUUACACAACGACAGUCCGAACUCCGAUGUCUGUCUGCUUUUGGUUAACCGUGUCCAUGAACUGGAUCAAGACCAACUAAGGAAUCAUUAAUAUCUUAUGUGUAACAAAUGGAGAAACUUGUGCUGAGAUCCUGCAUCAAAUGCCAGUCAUUAAGGUUCUUCUCCUCACCUACUCAACUUUCCACUCAUUGGGUCCACACAACCGCAUCCUUGAGACAGAAGGCUGGCGGUGGCAAAGUCGGAGGUUGGAGGAGGAUCAGACGUGGUCUGCUCUAUGGAAUCGGUGGUGCUACAGCCUCUAGUGGUAUUCUGUAUGCCAUAGCAGAUGAACCCCAGAGGCGCAAAGUACGGGUGCUUCUAGGAGGAAUCAAAAGAUUUUUUAGGUCACUUAAAAUAGGAACACUGAUUUCUCUUGAUUACAAAUAUAACUUAUGGGGCAUAGCAGAAGACUCAGAAGAGUAUAAUGAAUUAAUAAAGCCUUGUCAUAAGAGAGCGGCCGAGCGUCUACUUGAAGGGUGUUUAGCAAAUGGAGGCCUUUAUGUAAAACUUGGACAAGGACUGGUGUCCAUGAACCACAUACUGCCCAGGGAAUACCUGGAGACUCUGGUAGUUUUACAAGACAGAGCUCUUCCAAAGAAACCUCAUGAUAUAGAGCAGCUAUUUCAAGAAGACUUUGGAAAACAACCUCAGGAAUUUUUCAAGAAAUUUGAAGAGGAGCCAAUAGCGGCUGCCAGUCUAGCUCAGGUUCACAGAGCAGAGACUCACGAUGGACAGCAAGUGGCUGUCAAGGUUCAGUACAUAGACCUACAGGACCGGUUUGCUGGUGAUGUCUGGACCUGUGAACAGCUGUUGAAGUUGAUUGGUUGGAUGCAUCCAAAGUUUGCAUUUGCCUGGGUUUUGCAGGACUUAAAAGAUACCUUAGUCCAGGAGUUAGACUUUGUGAAUGAAGGAAAAAAUUCUGAGAGAUGUCAGAGCGAUUUAAGCCAUCUUAAAUAUGUAUAUGUGCCAAAAGUUCACUGGGACAAGACCUCAACUAGGGUGCUAACUGCAGAAUUCAUUGAUGGGUGCAAGAUUAGCAACAAAGAUGCCAUAAAAAAGAUGGGGCUUUCAUUGUAUGAUGUUGACCAGAAGCUAUGCCGGGCGUUUGCCGAUCAGAUUUUCCUGUCUGGCUUUGUACACGCAGAUCCACAUCCAGGAAAUGUGUUUAUCAGAAAGGAUGUGAAAGGUCAAGCCCAGCUAGUGUUAUUGGACCAUGGUCUGUACGACAAACUGACACAAGAUGAUAGACAGUCCCUGUGUAGUCUGUACAAGGCCAUCGUACUCAACAAGGAAGACAACAUGCAGAAAUUCUCCAAGGCCCUAGGAGUGGAUGACUACCAGGUAUUCUGUCUCCUCACCAAACAAGGUCGGGUGCAGUUUGACAAGGCCCCUCCUUUAUUUCGACACAAAAUUUUGUCCAAGAAGGAAUAUUACGAGCUCUCUCCCGAAGUCAAGGCUGAGUGGCUGGAGGAUUACCAUGCUCUGCAUGAGCGAAUCCGUCUAGUGUUAAGACAGAUGCCUACUGGUCUUUUCUUUAUUUUUAGGAAUAUGAACACCAUCAGGGCAAUUUGUCAAGAACAUGGUAAUCUCAUAGACAGAUAUGGGAUUAUGGCAAAAAGUGCCAUACGAGGGGCACGGAAGUUUGGUAUACAGGAUAUCUCUUGGACGGGGAGGAUCAAGGCUUGGCUAGAGAUGAUGAAUUAUGAUUUCCGCAUAAAAGCUGAAAACUUCAAGAUAUGGAUAGGCAUUGUUUAUCUGCGUAUUCUUGUCUGGUUAGGAAGAGUGCCAUCUUUAGAAGAAAUUCGAUCAGUCAUAGAAAAAGAACAGAAAAGGUUAAAUCCAGUGUGAAACAACAAACAAUAUAGGAACAAAGUGAUAAGAGUUUAUGUAUUUUAUUUUGUGAAUUUGUGAAUUAUUAUAUUUAUACAUAUUUUAAGACUGCUGUACUAUCGGUAUAUGACCGAGCUAUUUUUAAACAUUAUGUACAUGCAUUUGAAUUUUUAAUGAUCCAUGUUAAAUCAGGGAUAGAAAUGACAUGUUCUUGCAUGUCUUUGAAAUGUCAGUAGACUGACAAUUUCCAAAAUUGUUUUUUAGUAGCACGUGAAAUGACUUAAGCCACAUGUCUAUAAUUAUGCAAAAUCCAUUAAAUUUAAUAGCAAAAAUUAAUUUUUGAAUGCUAGUAAAUUUUGUUCUGUUAAAAAAGAAAACUUUUAGUUUAGCUAGUAAAGUACUACAAUAAUUCUAUAAAGUUUUCCGAUCAAGAUAUAUUCUCUGUCGUUUAUUUUUAUUUUGAAAAUAGUUUAAAUGCCACAGAGGCAUAUAUUUGAAUAUAAUAUAUAUUUAUUCAGAAUUUUUGUUUGUUAUACCUUGAGCAUCUUUAUUUAUAAAUACCGGUAAAUUUUAUAAGAGUAAAACAUGCAUACACUUACUUUAACCAUCUUUUAUCAUAUCAAGUAAUAAAAGUGAUCAUAUUAAAAACUUGUUAUUUUUGUGAUAUCAUAAGAGUUCACAUGCUCACAAGCACAUGCAAGCACUUGUAUGUGUUAUGAAUAUUAACAGUAUUCCAUUGUAUGAUAAUGGCCAUAUGAUACACUUUACAAAACCGACAUUAUCACAGAAAAAAGGGCCAGUGUUACAGCAUAUGAAGCAGUUGGUGGAUGUAUUUUCAUUGAAGUACUGAUAAUGAGUACAUCUUAGUCAUUUAUGAAAUAUUGCAUGGGUAUGUUAAGUCAUAUCCACCAUUUAAGAUACCAUGCUGUAAACAUUACAUUUGGCUGUAUAUUCUAAUAUUUACAUUUUCCAGUGUCUUUGUCUGUGAUAACGCUACGUAUCGAUUUUGUACUACAUGUAUAUAACCCAUACCGGUAACUUCAAAUGAUGCCAAAUUGAGGUGCCAGCGGGGUUUGCUUAUUUAUAUUUAAAUAUUUAAUCGUACGAUGGUUUAAAAUAAAUUAUAUAAAUAUUAGUAUUAAGGAAUCAUUCUUUGAGUAUUAUGA